AUGCCAGUACAAGACCUUUUCAAACCACUCAGAUUCAAACGAGGCCCAGAACUCAAAAACCGCAUUCUCCUCGCACCGCUCACAAACUGGCAAAGCAACCCCGACGGAACGAGCACUGAGCACGAGGAGAAAUGGCUCAGGCGAUGCGCAGCCGGAGGGUUCUCCAUGGUCAUGACAUGCGCCACACACAUUCACCCAUUCGGACAAGCGUUUCCAGGACAGAUGGGCAUUUUCAGCGAUAAGCAUUUGGACGGGCUGCGGAGGAUCGCGGACACAAUCCGGGACAACGGGGGCGUCUCAUCAGUGCAACUACAUCAUGGCGGUGCGCGCGUCAGCCCGGAAUAUGGAGGGCAAGUUGUGGGCCCGAGUCCCAUCCCCGGGACUGGUGUGCGCGGUCUUUCACUGAGGGAGGUCGAAGAGCUUCGGGAUGAUUUCAUUCUAGCUGCGAAACGUGCCGAGCGGGCCGGCUUCGAUGGAGUCGAGGUCCAUGCCGCGUUUGGUUGGAUACCGAUGCAGUUUCUGUCUCCUGUAUUCAACCGUCGCACAGAUCGGUAUGGUGGUUCUUUGGAUAAUCGGGCACGAUUCCUCUUCGAGGUGAUAGACGGUAUCCGCGAGGCUUGCCGGCCAGACUUUCAAAUCGGGCUGCGUAUCUCCAUGGAGCGAUAUGGCGUAGCUCUAAGUGAAAUGCAGCUCGUAGCUGCGAGAGCCAUUCAGGAAGAGACAAUUGACUACCUGGAUUUGGCUCUCUGGGACUACAGAAAGUUGGCCCAAGAAAGUCCGUUCACGGGACGUACUUUUCUUAGCGUUUUCACAGAACUGCCACGAAAUUCGGUCCGGAUAGGGGCGUCAGGCCACAUCAUGACUGUCACCCAGGCCGCCGAAGCACUGGAAGCCGGCUGCGACUUUGUUAUGCUUGGAAAAGCGGCUAUUGUGGACCCGGACUUUCCGCGACGUGUCGAAAAAGAUGCCAACUACCGCCUGCCAAAUUUGCCUGUGACCGAGUCCUAUCUUCGGCAAUCCGGACUUAGUGAUAAAUUCAUCGACUAUAUGAGGACAUGGCCAGGUUUCGUGGCCAGUCUUUGA